AUGCAGGAACGCCAGCAGGGUCCUGCAAGCUGCCACAGCGACGCCUGUGGGAUCCAGGCCAGACCGUCCCCAUGGAGAUCAGUGCAGGAGUUUGCAGCCACGGCUCAGUUCCCAUGGGUGGUGGCACUGCAGGACACGCAGCACAACCUCCUGGCCUUCGGCUCCAUCCUGAACGAGUACUGGAUCCUCAGCGCCGCAUCCAGCCUGCAGAGCAGGCAGCAGGUGCUGGCCUUGGUUGGGCUGAGCAGCAUGAAGAGGCGAUGGGAGGACCAGCCCCAGUAUUCGAUCAGCUCCGUCAUCCCUCACGAGGACUUUGACAAGGCGACGCUCUACAACAACGUCGCUCUGCUCAGGACAGCCGCCCCGAUGGAGUUCAGCAGCGUUGUUCAGCCCAUCUGCUUUCCCCACGAGAGCCUCUCUGACUCAGACCUCGUGAACUGCUGGGUCUCAGGCUGGAUCCAUCCCGCCGCAGGCAGGGGAAAGUGCUGCAGCGACUUCCUGAGGAUGCUCUCCGUGGUGGACGUGGAUCCCUGCCCGCUGAAAAGGAUCGCUGCAACCGCAUGCUGCAGCCACAGGGACGCCGACAAAGUGGCAGGCUGUUUGGGUGAUGCCGGCAACCCCGUCAUGUGCCAGAUUAGAGGGACUAAGAAAUGGGUCGUGAAGGGCAUUCUCAGUGAGGGCGGCAUGAGAUGCUACGGACCGUUCCUGUACACCCCAGUGUCCUACUACAGCGACUGGAUCUUGGCCACCACCGAAAGGACAGGACCUCCCGCAUUCCCCACGCUAGUCAGGGCACGAGCUGAUCUGCAGGCUCCACCCAAAGACUGGGAAGAGGCUUUCAGACCAGCAGUGAGGAUAUUUCAAGAAGCUGGUGUCAAACCCAAGAAGGGAAAGACAGACCUGAACUCGCCUGAGGCUGGGCCAUCUGAGAUGGUUUAUAACUCCUGGAGUAAAUGA